AUGAUUUUAUUUGAAAAUUUUUUUACGGGUCACCAAUUGAGUAUUGGUAAUUCGUUUUAUUCAUAUCUAUUUAUCAUACUCUAUACAGAUAUCUAUGUCCACUCAUUUACUCUUACUUUCUCUUUCUCUCUCCUCUUUCUUUCACUUUUCUCCUUCUUCCUCUUCUUUCUCUUUCUUUACAUCUCUUUUCUCGUCUUCUUUCUCGUUUUCUCUCUUUCCUUUUUUUUCUUCUUGUUCUUCCUCUCCUCUGAAUUUUUCUCCAUGUCUUUUCUCUUUUCUUCCCCACCCUCUCUUUCUAUAAUUCCUUUUCUCUUGCCUUCUUCUUACGCUCCUCUCUCUUCACAUUGUCUCCUAUCUUCUUUUCUCACAGUCACUCUCUUUCUCUUCAAGUCAUAUCCACCUCUUUUCUCGUCUUCUCUCUCUUUUUCUCUUUUCACUCUAUCUCUUGUCUACUCACCCUUCCUCUCCUCUGUCUUUCCCUCUCUUUUCUCCCCUCCACACCUCUUUUUCUCUUGUCUCCUCCUCUCUUCCUCUUCACAUUUAUUUCCAUCUUAUCUCACUGUCGCUCUCUUUCCCUUCAAGUGUUUUUUUCUUUUUUCUUCUCCUAACACUUUCUCUCUCCUUUCUCUCUCCUUUUUCUCAUGUCUUUUUUUUUUUUAUUGUCCUGUCUUUUCUUUUCCUCUCUCUUUCUUUUCACCUUUUGCCUCUCUUUUUCUAUCCUUUUUCCUCCAGUGUUUCACUCACUUUCACGAGACGUUAAAUUCAGUUAUUGCUUCUUUCUUUCUUUCUUUCUUUAUUCUUUCUUUCUUUCUUUAA